AUGAAUGCAGACUCAAUCCAGGAAAUCUGGACAGAGGUCCAGUCCUCACUGGAGGCUUUUCAAACUACAGGAACAGAAUCCACCCGCAUUGAUGCCCUCGAGAAAGCAAACAAACUGGCGCGAGCGCUGGAGAAACCCCGCGACGCAAUUCUGAAGCUGGCAUAUACGCCAACGGCCUUGAUGGCUGUCAAGGUAGCCCACGACAUGCAAGUGUUCCCUGUGCUGGCGAAAGCGACGUCUCCAGUCCCCGUCAGCGAGCUUGCCGCCUUGAAGCCUGCAGAUCCUCUCCUGGUUGAACGCAUGAUGCGCCUCUGCGUUGCAUUUGGCUUCGCGGAAGAGCCCACGCCCUGCGAGUAUCUGCCGACCGCAGUGACCAAAGAAAUGGUCAACCGCACCUCAAUCGGGGUGGUAGAAUCCCUGUUCCUCGAAUUCCUCCCCUCUGUCCAGAAAACCCCCGAAUACCUCCAAGCCACCAACUACCGCAACCCCGAAGACCCGUUAUUUGCGCCCCUACAAUACACAAACAACAUGAAGGAGGACGGGUUCUCCUGGCUCUGCGAGAAUCCCGACGCCCUGGCUCGGUUCAACAACUUCAUGGAAGGCCAGCGUGCCGAUCGCCCGCACUGGGCGGACUGGUUCCCCGUUCAGGACCGAGUGCUGGCCAACGCCGACACCACCAACCCAGAUCGAGCAUUGAUAGUGGACAUUGGAGGUGGUCGUGGCCAUGAUCUCUUGGGAUUCAAGAAGCGAUUCCCCGAUGCACCCGGGAAACUGGUCUUGGAGGAUCUUCCAUUGGUGAUUGACGAGGUGCAAGGGGCACAGGAUCUGGAUGCAGCCAACAUUGUCCCCGUCAAAUACAACUUCUUUACAGAGCAGCAGCCUGUCAAAGGUGCCCGCGUAUACUACUUCAAGAAUGUCAUGCACGACUGGUCCGACGACAAAGCCCGUAUCAUUCUCAAGCACAUCGUGGAUGCGAUGGAACCGGGCUAUUCCAAGCUGAUCAUGGAGGAAUACAUCGUGCCUGACCGGAACGCAUCAGCGAUCCACGGCAUGACGGACGUGGCGGUGAUGGUGUUCUGCUCGGGAUUGGAGCGCACGACCCAGCAGUGGACCAAGCUGUUGGACUCGGUCGGAUUGCGCGUGAAUAAGUUCUGGACGCGCGCCGGUGAUGGCUUGGGGGUGGUUGAGGCCGAGUUGGCGACGUCAUAA